AACUCAUUUCCAAAUGACAGUCGAAUCGGCUUUAAAACCAAAGGAGAGAAGAGAGAAAACUCGCAAAACAUUGACACGAAUUGUGAACAAAGUCUCUGUGAUAACGAAAACAAUUCUGAAGUGAUUUCCGGUGAUAAUGAUCUGAAAGGCCGACAAAAGUCCAGUUAUGUUGCACUCAAUCGCAGAAACAGAUACAAACCGAGUGAUGAAUCGCCCGAACAGUAUAUCAAUAAAUAUACGGGUAAACCAUUGUCCAGACGACGCCGUGAGAAGAACUACGUGUGCAGUUGGCCCGCCUGUGGGAUGGCGUUUGAAAAUGUGUCCGCAGUUAACAACCAUAUGCGCAAACACACUGGUGAGAAGCCAUUUGUAUGCGAUUGGGAAUCGUGUGGAAAGACAUUCCGCUAUGGAAGUGGUCUCAAACUGCACAAAGAGAUGAUUCACUUAAAGCUGAGGCAAUACCGGUGCGAUUGGCCGACGUGUACGGAGGCCUUCAUAUCAAUGUCUCAGCUGAAAGUACAUGAGUCCGAGCACACGGGCAUCAAGAAGUACCAGUGCAGUUGGCCGGGCUCACAUGAGGGCAAGAAAGUGGUGUUCAAGAGAUAUAAGUCGAAGAAUAACUCUAAUCCCAACUCCGACUAUGACUUUAAAGGCGAGCUUAAGAAGUUCCCGUGCGAUUGGCCGGGCUGUGAGCGACGCUUCCGGUACGCCAAUAAUCUCGACACACAUUUGAAAGCACAUCAAAAAUCUGAUUUGCAUAAAUCCGAGAAAGUAGUGAAACAAUCAAAUGAACGGAAAUCACGGAAACAAAGUAUUUCGAAACCAAAAGUUAGUAAAAAGUUUCGAUGCGAUUGGCCCGGAUGUCCGUCCAUAUACUCCACCAGAUCUAUGUUAUUGCAACACACCAACAAACAUACCGGUGCCAAGCCUUUUGCGUGUCUACACUGCGAUAAACGCUUUUCGUACAAAACCACACUUCACUCUCACAUUCAAUUCAAUCAUAAAUUCGCUGAAAAUUCAACCGAAAAGGCGUUUAAGUGUUUGUACGACGACUGCAAACAAUCUUUUAAUACCAAAAGGGGACUUCUGGCUCACGACAGGAAAAUGCACCAAAAAGGAAAUGACAACGACUUCAACGAUAGUUACAAUAUCGAAGAAAUCUGUGACAAUACCGACAAUUACUCUCAGAUCCAACCCAUGAGUCAGACAUCGGGUUCACAUUACCCUAGUAUUCAGUCAAAUGUGAUUCGUUUGGAUCGCAUCCGAGCUUUCAAUUCAACGCGAAUCCAAAUACCAAAUGAACACAACUAUCAAUCAUUGCCUCAAAUGAUUGGCCACAACAACCCCACCACAAGUCGUGUCUUUCAGUCUGUGGUCGAGAAUCCAGUGAAGCCUCAAAAGGAAGUGAGAAAUGUCGUCAAAUUGACUAAUAUUGCUGGCAAUGAGACCAUUACCAAAGAGCUGCCGAUCCCCUGUACUCACGAGACUUGUUGGCGUAGGUUUAAGACACCAAAAGCUCUGGAAUGGCAUCUCAAGAAAUUUCACCCACAAACUUAGACUUUAUGCUUAUAAUUGUGAUUAAAGUAUUUUAAUGUUUUGAAAUAUAGUAAAAUAUCAUUGUUUUUAUACAUUAAGAUACGAUUUGUUAGUAUUUCUAGGACCAACUUAAACUUAAACUCUAAAUAAUAUUUUAUUGUUAAUUCAC